UUCCUUUUAGCCAACUUUUAAACAAGUUUGUUCAAAACCGUAUUAAAUAUUUACUCUCUUGUGAAGGGGCUGAAAAGCAGCGGUGCCGAAGCUUGUCGCAGUUAAUUUGAUAGCCAGCCUUGUUCUCUCCCUCUCUCUUUUUACUUUUCCACGUGGAAAAAGGUUUAUCAGACAACUCGAGCAACGACGCUGUCCGCUUUUGGCGUGGCCCUCGGCACAGGUUCUACCACACAAUAACACGUAACGAUUUUAGGCGAACCGAAUACAGCCCUUCAGCAUGCGCUGAAGCUGAAUAAGGAAACCGGACACACAAACAGGCAUGCAUAUUACACAUACACGCGCGCGCGCGCGCGUACAGACACACGCGACCAGGUCAAAAGUUGACUGCCUCGGCAGCCGCUUGCCUCGGAUCUUCUCUUGUUCCGUCCUUGGCAGAACUGCUUUUCCGCCUAAGGUAACCAGUGUCGUGGGAAGGAGCUGGAAGACGGGGGUGGUGGGGGUGGAAUUCGGUGGGGGCUCGUCGUCGCCUGCCCGUUCCUGUCGGCGAAAGGUCCGGACCGGAUUUUGCACCUUGUCCCCGGGUCUGCCUCCCGGCCUGGAGAAGCUGGAGCGGCGGCGGCGGCGGCUGCUUUGCUCUGUUUAUUGAGCGCUCUUGUCCUGGUAUCACUCCGCUGGCAUGGAGGAGGAGGAGGAGGAGGAGAGCACUUGAUCAUUGUGAUGGUGGCAGGAGGAGAAGCAGCCAGCAAAGCCGAGCCGAGCCCUAGUCGGUCUGUCUGUGUGGUGUGUAGCAGCACCUCGGCGCCCGCUCUGCAAAUACUUCGGCGAGCUACUUUUGCAGAUCGCCCCGGAUUGUUCACGUGUUGACUUUCCGCAGCUUCGGAGGAUUUGUUCUCUCUCUUUUUGUUUUGUUUUCUCCUUGUAAAGGUUCCCGUUGAAAAUUACAACUGAGCAGCCAAAGUACUUUUUGAGAACACGGUGCGGCAUAAACACCCAAACUUUUGCUCUUUUUUUCCCUCCCUCCCCUUUCCUUCCCCCUCCCCGGAAAGAAAACAUAAUAAGAAAGUGGCGUCGCCUCUCCCCUGAUGUUGUGUGGAGUGUGAGCGCGGUAGUGGUGGUGGAUGUAUGUGUGUCUGUAUGCCCCAGCGGGUGCCUGUGUUAGGUGUCUUGCAAGUGUGUCUAGAAGUGUGAGUGAGGGUGCAUAGAUUCCUGUCUCUCUGCACGCAUGUGGCUACCUGUCUCUCCCUCUCCUUCCCCCCCUUGCUCUCUGUUUUAAUACAUGGGGGGAGACCAAGGAGAUUUUCGGUCCGGAAUUUGUUUUGGACAUGAUGGAUUACUUAAAAGGGAGACAGAUCUGAACUCUCUUGCUUGGAGUUUGCGACGGAACUGCUACUGCUCAGUUUGUUGGGAUUCCUCCUGUGUUUGUUGAUUGUGUCUGGCGAUAACCUUUCAGCACCACCUCCUGAGUUUAGGCUGCCACCCACCCACCCUUUUCCUUUUGGCAUUUUUCUGUCCCCUUCCCAGCCGGAGAGGAUCGACCAGGAGGAAAGAGAGAGGUUUGUCUUUCUUUCGGAGGGGUGGGGUGUGGGGGGGAAACCCUACGAAAACAGCUCCAAACAUUUUGUCUGGAGGGGCUGCCUUCUCUCCCUUUCCAUGGUCCGUUAAAGAGUGUCCCAAGCGAAGGACGCCCUCCCCGCGGCCGCCGCGUUUGUGCCUGGCGUGUGGCGCCCGAGUGCGAAAAGGCAAGGAGCUGGGGAAAAGUUCUUCCAAAAUAGUGUGCACGGGGAAAGGGAUGGGGGAUUUUCCAGCCCCCGCUGCUGCCGCGAACGGCAGCAGCAUUUGCCUCAACAAUACCCUGAACAGCAGCCUCGGCGGGGCCGGGAUCGGCGUGAAUAACGCUCCCCACGGCCCUCCUCCCGGUAACAACGCUACUCAUAGCGGCGGCGGCGGCGGCGGCACCAACGGGAGCGGCGGCAACAUUCCCAAACACAGCACGGUGGUGGAGAGGCUGAGGCAACGCAUCGAGGGCUGCAGGAGGCACCACGUCAACUGCGAGAACAGGUACCAGCAAGCCCAGGUGGAGCAGCUGGAGCUCGAGCGAAGGGACACGGUGAGCCUUUAUCAGAGGACCCUGGAGCAAAGGGCCAAGAAAGCGGGCACCACCGGCAGCGGCGGCAACAGCAAGCAACAGCAUCCGAGCAAACAGCAACAAGAUGCCGAGGCUGCCACGGCUGAGCACAGGAACCACACACUGAUCAUGCUUCAGGAGACAGUGAAGAGGAAGUUGGAAGGAGCACGCUCACCCCUCAAUGGUGAACAGCAGAAUGGCGUCUGUGAGAGUAGCUUCUCUCCAACUGGCAAGCGGAUACGAAAGGAUCCACCUGGGAUUGAGAGAGUCAACAGCUUGCCCAAUAGCCUGCCUUUGCCUUCUCUUUCUCCUCUUCAUCAGCUUGACAUAAAGCCAUCUUUGCCCCUGCAGAACAGCGGAACUCAUGCUGGUGGUCUGGAAGAUGUAAGUAAAAAUGGUGGACUUCCGGAGAUAAAACUCCCAAUCAACGGAUGCACUGAACUUGAGGACAGUUUUAACAUCUUGCACAACAGCAACAGCAAGGAGCUGAAACAAGAGCCCUUGGAUGACCCUAACUGCCUUGACAACUCCGAGACAUCUCUUUCAAAUCAGAAUAAACUCUUUUCGGACAUUAACCUAAAUGAUCAAGAGUGGCAGGAGCUGAUAGAUGAACUGGCCAACACAGUUCCAGAGGAUGAUAUACAAGACUUAUUCAAUGAAGACUUUGAAGACAAAAAGGAACCCGAAUUUCCCAGACCAGCCAUUGAGACUCAGGAGAGUGCAAGUGUCAAAAGUGAUCCAUCCCACUCUCCCUUUGCCCAUGUACCUAUAGGAUCCCCCCAGGUAAGGCCUUCUUCUUCGGGUCCUCCAUUUCCAAAUGUUCCAACAGCUUCUAGCCUACCACCUGUGACUAGUGCACCGCCUGCUCCAGUCCCUGACAGCUCACCAGCAAGUUGCGUGGUUCAGUCACCUCAGACCCCCAACCAAGCCCAUACCCCAGGGCAAACGCAGUCACGAUCAGGCAAUGGCUAUCUCAUUAAUCCGGCAACAGUGACGACAGCAGGCACAGGUCCCACCCAGGUGACUGUACCGAGUGCUGACUUGUCUCCAGCUGAACAGCUUAAACAGAUGGCAGCGCAGCAGCAGCAGCGAGCUAAACUCAUGCAGCAAAAGCAGCAACAGCAGCAGCAUCCAAAUCAAACAUCUAGCUGGUCUCCAGUAGGGCCUCCAUCUAGUCCUUAUGGGGGCCCCUUCAGUACUGAUAAACCAAAUAGCCCAAUGAUGUAUCCCCAAGCCUUUAACAACCAAAAUCCUGUAGUGCCUCCUACAGCGAGCAACCCACAAAAGACUCCAAUGAACAACUACCUCCCUCAAAACCACAUGAACGUGAUCAGUCAACAGCCAAAUAACCUAGGUUCCAACUCUUUGAGCAAGCAAACCAAUAUGCUUUCUUAUGGCAACACUAAACCUCUGACUCAUUACAAUGCUGAUUUAAGUCAAAGAAUGACCCCACCAAUGGCCAAUCCCAGCAAGAAUCCCAUGAUGCCAUACAUGCAGCAGCCGGCCCAGCCGCCUCAGCAGCCACAAAUGCAAGCUCAAAUGACACACUUGAGUGAAGAGCAGAAACGCAUGCUUAUUAUGAAGCAGAAAGGAAUGAUGAAUCAGCCAAUGGCUUAUGGAGCACUUCCCUCUCUUGGCCAGGACCAGCAUGCUGUGGGAUUGUCUCGGUCUACAGGCCCCAUGCAGUCCUCUGUGCCACCUGGAUCCAGUAAUGUGGGGACAAGCCCUGGGAGUGCCAGUUUCUUGAACAACCAGCCUCAAGCAGCCAUUAUGAAACAGAUGCUGAUUGAGCAAAGGGCACAGCUCCAUAUGAUGGAGCAGCAGAAGCAACAGUUUCUGUUACGGGAGCAACGGCAGCAGCAGCAAAUCCUGGCAGAACAGCAUUUGCAUCAGCAGCAGCAACAACAGCAGUCACAUUUACCUCGGCAGCAUCUGCAGCCACAGCAGCGGAAUCCUUAUCCGGUGCAACAGGUCAAUCAGUUCCAAGGUUCUCCACAGGACUUAGCAGCAGCAAGAAGUCAGGCAGCUCUUCAGAGCAUGAGGACGUCCCGAAUGAUGUCCCAGAACACCAGCAUGAUCACCAUGGGGUCGUCCCCAAGCACUGGGGCAAUGUCUGCUGCAGCCGGCCAGUCAGAAAUGGGGAUGGCUCCCUACAGUAACCCAGCAACUAGCCAGCCAGGAAUGUACAAUAUGACCCCAGGAAUGAGCCAAAUGUUGCAGCACCCAAACCAAAGUAGCAUGAGUCUGACCCAUAAUCCAAAUCAGGGGCCGAGGCAGCCUACCUCCACACAAGGGGUUGGCAUGGUUAGCAAUUUUGGUCCAAACAUGUUGGUGAACUCUGCCAUAUCUCAACAACACCAGCAGAUGAAAGGACCUGUGGGCCAGGUUCAUCCCAGACCACAAACUCCCAGACUUCAAAACAUGAUGGGAUCUAUACCACAAGGAGCGCAGAACUGGCAAGCACGGGGGUUACAAGGUAUAUCUGGAAGGACUAGCAGUGAAAUGGGACCUUUCAGUAAUGGUGCUGCUUACCCUAUGCCAUCGGGUCAGCCAAGGCUGCCCAAGCAACAUUUUCCACAAGGCAUUAGCCCAUCCGUCAUGGAUGCAAGCGGAACAGUACGGACCCUUAACCCAGCAAUAGGAAGACAAAUGUUGCAACCACUCCCUGGACAGCAGGGAACCAACAAUCAAGCCAGAACCAUGGUUAUGCCUCCAAUGAGUCAGGCAGUGCCCACUCUGACUGGUUUUAACCAAUCCCCUGUACAACAGAUACCAGGGGGCAACUUCAGCCAGAGCAAUCAAGGUCAGAUUUAUGAGAGGAACCCCACCCAGGACCUAUCAUACAGUUAUAGCACUGAAGGAGCUGGAGGUUCCUUUCCAAAUAUAUCAGAAAGCACAGACCUUGUAGAUUCCAUCAUUAAAGGUGGGCCAGGAGAUGAGUGGAUGCAAGAACUCGAUGAGUUGUUUGGAAAUCCAUAGCACAUGGAGGUGUGGACAAUUCCAAACCUUUGUGGGGUCAAAAGGGGAAAAAAGGAAAGCAGGAUGUUGGCCAUCCUUAUUUCCUUAUGUCGUUUUUACACUGUGCAAAGCAAGCGGAUCUGUGGCCGAUAGUGGAAGACAUCAAUGAGAUACAAAGUGUCAAGAAGAAGGCCUUUUCAGCAUCUCCGCAGCAGGCACCACACCAAAGCAGAUUUUCCUGCAGGUGGGAAUGAGGGGAAAAAGAGAGAGGCCCCUUCCCCACAACUGCUACUUUCCAUUUGAGGGCCCACAGGAAGGGCUAAGUGGGCUUCAUGUGGUAAAGCACUGCCUGUAUGGCAAAGUCCCUUGGCAGUGAAGUUCCUCAUUCAAUUCCAUUGGAAGCUUUCAGGACACAGAAGAGGAGGUUGCUGGGUCAAUGCACAGGAAUUGUUAAAUAAGAGUGAGCAAGCCACAUACACACACACGCACAAGCACAGGUCAGACCAGGUGCUAAGACUUUGGGUUUCAUGAAAUACCAAGUCUCUCUGUGUGCUUCUGUAUCCAGUUCUACGGGGAGUCAAGCCAAAACUGCUUGAUUGUGGUGACUAGACAUGCCCAAUGGGUUCAUUUAGCGUGGUAUUAAAUCUCUAGGUGCACCAAAAACCCUCAACUGGAUGGUUUGCCAUCCCUCUGCUGUUGUUUUCCUCUAUGACCAAGUGCUUUGUGAUUAUAGACAAGGAAAUAUACACAGCGCUAGAACUGGCUAAAGCUUGUGCAGUAUGGAAUGCAAAACAAAA